GCUACCGCGUCCAAGUACUAUCUAUCCGGUGCUAUACACAUGUGUGCGUCGUGAGCUGAGAGCGCGAAAGCCAUCCGACUUCACUCACCACCACCACAUCCGGCCCCGAAUACCAAGUUGAAUCUCAAGCCCCAGUGCGCAAUGCGGCACGGCCCGCCGCGAUGUCCCACACCUUGAAUGUCGAUCCGCCCGAGCUGGAUCUCCGCGUGAAAGGGUCGCUUCCUACUGGCGGAGUCUCCACAGGCUGCACAAGCUCUACAACGCACCAUCACCCACCGUUGCAACCCACAAAUCCCCUCGAAAUGGUCCCGUCGUCGCCGUCGCAGAUCUACCUCAACCUCCUGAUCCUCGAAGCGUCGCUGCGCUCCCAGUACCUGACGCAUCUCGUCCGCCGACGGAAAUUCACCUUCUUCCUCUUCAUCCUCACCAUCUGGACAGCCUUCUUCUGCUACCGCUUCUUCGUCUUCGGCGGCUCACCCUACUACUACAUCAGCCACCUCGAAAAGCUCGGGCUCGGCGGCGGCGUCGUCACCGGCGUCCUCUACUAUGCCACAGGAUUGUACGAGAAAACCAUCGUCGAGCCCCGGCGCUUCGUCUUCAUGGCCAAUCGGGGUCUCCGCGGCUUCAACGUGAAGCUCGUCAAAGUCCCGCUGUCCUACCGCGAUUGGCUCAUCUGGUGGUGGGGCUGGUACACAUCCCGGCCACCUCCACGCACACACACCGUCAAGCGCCGGCCAUCGUCCAACACGCGGCGCCCGACCCCUCCCGCGCUCACCUCCAUCACAUCCAAGCGCCCCACCAUAGACGACGAGGAAGACGACGAAGUCGAAGACUUUCUCCCAGGCGGACUACACCUCAAGCUCGUGAUCCUGCCGAAAGGCUUCUCGCCGGACUUCCGCGAAGGGUGGGAGCUGUACCGGGUCGAGUACUGGGGCAAAGAGAACGAGACGCGGCAGCAGCGGCGGGUGGAGUUGAAGCAGCGACGAUACAAGCCGCACCCCGAGGACUCCCCCUCGCCUGCCGCCGCCGCCACUUCACGCCGCACCCGCACAGGCUCAAUGUCCUCCCUCCGCGGCAGAACCCCCACGCCUGAUCCGGACCAGAUCCAUACCACCACCGCCACGACCACCACAGCCCGCGCCCGCCGCGGCUCAACAGCCUCUCUAAAGCGUAGGUCUAUCACGGGCUUGCCACUCGUGCCGGCUAGGGCCGGAACGCCAGGCGGCGAUAUAUCGGACUCAUCCACCACCUCGGCGCAGGAAAGGACUCGCCGCAGCGAUAGUGCUAGAACCGAUAAGUCCUCGUCUUCCACUGGCGGCGGCGGUGGCUCAAGGAAGGGCGGUGCUAGGGGCCGCGGGAAGAAACGCGCUAAGGCGGAGGGGGAGUGAUGUGAUGCGGUGGGAUGGGAUUGGAUGGGGUGGGAUGUAAUAUAAUCUUUUCUUUUCUUUUCUUCGAGGUAUUCUAUCCUAUUCGACUUUGCUUAUUGUGACGAUGAUGAUGGUGGUUGCCAUCCACCGUAUACCCGCUGUGAUAUGGAGUUUUGUUGGCGGGCCGCGGGCGCGAGGGGUUCUGGGAUGUAAAAGGUAUGAAGGGAGAGGGAGAGAUCGUGUUGUUUUCUUCCUUCCUGCGAGGACUGGGUUGCGCAAUUAUAGACUAGGUAGGUACAAUGUUAUGGACAAUCUGAGAA